AAAAAUCUUCGCUAAAAUUUUGACUUUAGGGAAGUGUUCGUAUUUUUUUAUUGCCGUCAUUUGUUUUCUCGCGACUAAAAAGUUAAAUUUGUGGAGUAUCUUUUUAAAAAAUGGGCAAGCGUCGAAAGCAGGCUUUAAUAGACUCUGACGAGGACUCUAGUGAUAAUGAGUCUAAUCUCGAAUCGGAAUUAUUGUCUUUGGCAAAGAAAAAGCCGAAAACAAAUUCAACUCAAAAUAGCGCAACUGCUUUGUCCGAGUCUGACUCGGACUCUGACUGGGCGCAGGGUGCAAGCACAUCCACUGCAGGAAAGAAACGAAUAAAAAAAGUCAAUAAGGAAUCAGAUUCUUCCGAUUUAGAAGAUAAUCACAGCCACAAAGAAAAAGACGCAUCGCAAAAAGAAUCUACCAACAGAGAAGAGGGAGAAGUUUCAGAUAGCGAUGAUAAAGAUGAAAGCAAUACAACCGACUCCCAAUCAACCGCAGAAAGUACAGAUAGCAGCUCAGAUUCAGAAUUUGAUGACGGAUAUGAUGAAAACCUCAUGGGAGACGAGGAUGAUCGCAAACGCCUAAAUGGGUUGUCUGAAAAAGAACGUGAAACUGAGAUUUUCAAGCGCAUAGAGCAACGAGAUUUGUUAAAAACCCGCUGGGAAAUCGAAAGAAAAUUAAAACUAGCUCGAAGGGGGGAAAAGACCACAAAAGUAGGCGGAAAGAAAGAAAAAAAAAAGAAAGUGGCCAGAAAACCCAAGCCCAAACAAAAGGAAGAAGCAACUGAGCAAAAAAAAAUUAUUCCGCUUGAGGAAAAAGAGCCGGAGGAAGAAAAAUUACCACCCAAUGUUCAAGAAGUUGGGGAACCAACGGUAUCAGCAGACGAGACGUUAGUUGCUCGAAAAAUUUCCGUAGAUGACCAAAAUGCUGUAGACAAUUUAGAUCAUAAAGAGCGUUCCAAAGAACGUAAAAAGAAUGUGGAAAUGAACCGAACUGACGACAAGCGUAGUACCGCCAUGGCUAUGUUAAAAGCUAAACGUGAAGGAAAAGCUAAGCGAGAGGAAGAAGAGGCUAAGCGGCAAGCGGAGCGUGACCGAGAGGAUGAAAAAGAAGAGCUAGAAGGAGUAUCUACAGGAAAAUCGUCUAUAAAACUCAAAGCCUCUGAAAUAUACUCAGAUGAUUCAGGAAGUAGUGAUUCGGAUGACGAGAAACCAUCUGAAAAGCGCUCCCGCUCAGCCAGCAGCAGUAAAUCUUCUAGCGAAUCUGAAGACGAAGAUGAUACAACAAAAUCACCAGUAUAUAUUAGCACACGCGAAGAACUAAACAAAUUGCGAUUAUCUAGGUUCAAAAUGGAACGUUUUAUUAAUCUCCCAAUGUUUGAGCGCACAGUAAUGAAUUGCUUUGUUCGCAUUAGCAUAGGCAAUAACGGUCAAAAACCUGUUUACAGGGUAGCUGAGAUAGUCGGAGUAGUGGAGACUGCUAAAAUUUAUAGCCUGGGAAAAACUCGUACAAAUCGAGGCUUGAGGCUUAAGCAUGGGACCCAGGAGCGCGUUUUUCGCUUAGAAUUUAUUUCCAAUCAAGAGUUUACAGAAAGUGAGUAUGCCAAAUGGCGUGAAAUAUGUGCGCAGCAAAACGUGCCCAUGCCAACUGUAGACACGAUUGAGCGCAAACAAGGGGAUAUUAAAGAAGCUCUUAAUUAUGAGUUCAAAGAUGAAGAUGUUGAUAAAAUAAUUGAGGAAAAGAACCGGUUUAGAAACAGACCGACUAAUUAUGCCAUGAGAAAGACUUGUCUGAUGAAAGAGAGAGAUGCAGCGAUGUUGCGUGGAGAUUACGAUGUAGCACAAGAUCUUGGUCAGCAAAUUGACGAGCUUGAAAGUAGGGCAUCGGAACUUGAUAAAAAACGUUCUAGCAGCAUAAGUCUUAUUUCAUAUAUAAACGAUCGCAAUAGAAAACGAAAUGUAGAGGAUGCAGAAAAAGCCAUUUUGGAAGAAGCUCGUGCCAAUAGAGGCAUGAAAAUUUCAGAUCCAUUCACGCGGCGUAUAACACAGCCCCGCAUGGGCUUUAAAUCUGUGGAAAAAAAAGAUGAACCUUCCGUUCAGCAGACCCCAACUCUUCCACCGGCAAAACGGAAAGUUGAGGAAAGUGCUGCGGGCGGCUCAAAACCAACUGAACCAAAAACUGACUACAGUUUAUAUGCUUUGCAUGAUUUUGACAUCGAUUUGGAUGUGUCACUAUUGAAUACUGUACCCACAACACGAUAAUAUUUAAAUUUAUUAUAUGCGACAAGACAGUUCUGUGAGAAAAUCAAACUGCUAAAUUAAAAAAUUCUAAGCUUUGUAGUUGGAAUAAUACAUGUACUUUAAAAAUAUAUCUUGUAUGUACAUAUAUCGUACAUACCAUUUGUGAAA